AUGAAUUUACAAGCAUUCAAAUUGCAUUUAGCUAAUACAGUAUUAACAUCAGAUAAUAAAAAUUUAAAUGAUAUGGAUACAGAACAUUUAUUUGAUCGAUUAACAACAACCACAACAACAACAACUAAUGACAAUCAAGUAACUAAAGAUAAUCAUACAAAUCUUCAAUUUGCUUUAUUAGAUGAUCUUGAAGCCUAUUAUGAAACUGAAUAUAAUUUAGAUACAUUUGUUGCUCGUUUAAAUACAAAUUAA